UGUAUCCCUCCUCGAGUGCGCCUCUACCAUCUCCAUCUACAUUAUAUCAUCAUGAACUUCAUUCUUCCUAUUCGCAUCGUGCAGCUCAUCCUCGCACUCCUCGUUCUUGGAACGAGUGCCUAUGGUGAUCACCAGCGUCUAUCGNNCAAUGGCUCACCCUCUUCGAUCAACUUCCUGGUCUUCUCAUCAGUCUGGACGCUUCUCGCCAUGAUCUACCUCAGCCUCACAUCGUGGAAGCUCGAGCGCUUCGCACACCCAUGGAUCAUCUGUGGUGUUGAGAGCUUGACAAUGCUCUUCUGGUUUGCUGGAUUCAUCGCCGCCGCAGUCUUCCUCAGCGACCUCAUUACUUGUGCUGGACACGCUUGCAGUGCUGCUAAGGCCGCCACUGUUUUUGCUGCAUUCGAGUGUAAGUCUGCCCCUGUUUGCAAAAUUCAGACUCGCGUUGUUGACAAUGUCAUGCAGGGGCUNUUAUUCGCCGUUACAACAGCUCUGGCUGUUAUGGCUGUACUUGGAAGGGGUCGUGCCACCAAGGCCGGACCCAACACAAUGGGUGCUUGA